UCUCCACACUUACCGAUGCACGAAGAACCAUAGUCUGCCUUCUUGGCUUUUAAUCACAGUUUUCUUUUAACUUCAGUUCGUAUUUUGCCAACAUGUUUCAUCCAAAGAAGACAUUCGAGGGUGAAAAGCUUCAGCUUCAAGAACUAAACCAGAGAUUGGCGCACUACCUGUCCAGGUCCAAGCAGCUAGAGCAGGAGAACGCGCGCUUAAUAACAGAAAUCACUACAGCCAGGCACAACAGGAGUGAAGAAUGGGAAAGCAAGCGAAUGGCGGAGCUGAGGGAAACGAGGAGGUUAGUGGAAAAGCUUUCUUUCGACAAGCACGCAGCCGAGAUGGAGCGAGACCAGCUGCGCAAAGAGCUCCACUUCCUUCAGGCUAUGCGCUCCGACGAGUCCUCCCUCAGCAAAGAUCUCAGUGGUGAACUCAAAGGCUGUGAGAAGCAGCUCCGCCAAGCUCUUCAUACUAACGCUUCAUUAGAGGAUCGACUGCUUCAGCUGCAGAACGAGUACGCGCUUUUGGAAGAUGCUCACAGGAACGAGGUAGCAGAGCUGAGGAACCAGGCGCGCUCCCGCGUCUUACCUGUCAUUGUUCGGACCCACCCCAGCCCACCUGCUUUCAGCGCCGAGGAGGUUCAACAAUAUGCACUUAGUUUGUCCGAAAGAUGGACAGACACGUUUGAAAUGUAUAGGGAACAGGUGGAGAAGAUCGAAGAGUCUAUAAAAGCGGACCAGGUGAGGCUGGAGGAUAUUAGAAGGGAGAAGAUGGAGUAUGCUUCAGAGCUGAAUAGGCUGAGGGCUGAGAUGGAAAAACACAGCCGAAUACAGCUGGGGCUGGAGGAGCAGCUCAUGGACAUGCAAGAAAAGUUUAGAGAAGAAUUUAGUCACUAUCAGGUCAUCGUUGAAGAACUGGAACAUGAGCGUAUGCUUUUGGCCAACACCGUUUCAGAAAAACUGAAGGACUAUCAAGACCUCUUACAAGUCAAACGGGGUCUCGGUUUGGAACUGGCUGCAUACAGGGCGCUCCUGGAAGGAGAAGGGAAACAUGCUGAGAUGAAGUUUAAACAGCAGUCAAGAGAGAGAAUAAUAGAUAUUAAAAUGCCAGCUCAUCCCUACACUCCAAGAGUCCCCACAAUGACAGCCACUCAACCAACAGUGAGAAGGCAAUUCUUAGGGUAUGAUGUCAGAAACGUAAAGCCCAUUUCUAGCAUGAUGACCUCAGCUGUAUCCAGUCAUGGGUUUAAAUCCCAUGAACCUUCAAGAAUUCUGCCUAUCACUAAAUCAAGUCAUGCGCAGCAGAGUCCUGCUGAAAGAAGAGACAUGAUUUCUUUUAGCAAAGCAAGACAGGCAGCAACUUUGCCAAGUACAGCCAAAUCCCAAGUCCCUACUAAAGAGUCUACUAAAGAAGUGUUAGAGAAGGUGACCGUGAUUAAAGGGUUGCCACAGGACACGCCAUUAAGUUCAGCUAGUCGCCCCCAGAGAGAAACAGAACACACGUGUGACUUAACUGCAUCUUCAACAACAGAGAUGAAAUCAGUGAGAGUUGUGUCACCUCCAAUGAUGAGCCUGAACGCUUAUGAGGAAAUUGGAAGUCAGAAGGUUGUUGAGAAAAAUGAAGGUAUGGAAGAGAGACCAGAAAUACGUCAAGCCCAGACAGUAAAGAAACCUGAUGAUAAACAGUAUAAGGAAAAUAAAGAUCAAGAUCAAGCCGAGGCAAAACUGAAACCAGAUGAAGCACAGUUUAUCAGCGAGGAAGACAUAAAAAAGGUUGAGAAAAAUGGCGGACAGAAGGUUUUUGCAAGUGAGGAAAAAAUAUUGGACGCAGCGUUCAUGGAAGAAAUUAUUGAGAAGGUCAUAAAGCCGGCUGGCUUGGAUCCUAAGCUCAGUUCAUCUGCCGACACAAAAAUAACUUACCAUGUAGAAAAAACCAAGAAAGAUGAUGGAAGCACCACAACUCAGAUUGUCCUAGAGUCAAAGAUAGAAGAGGAUGUGGAUUUGUCAGAUUUCUCGGCUCUUGAUGAACUACUCAAUAAGAGGGUGCAACAAAUCUCUCUUGAGGAUAUCGAGGGAACCCCGACAGUAAGCGUCAUUCAGAACCUCAUAAGUCUUGGUCUUCAAGGUGAAAGUUUAGAAAACAAGUCAGUUAAACUACAGAUAAUAGAGACACCGAUCGACUAUCACAGUGAGGAAGACGUUAAACUAGAGUCUGAAGAGUUUGAAGAAGUAAAGUCCAAACCCUACUUCCAACCUUCAUUGAUGUUAUUUCACAUUGAAGAGCCAGAGAAUGAGCUACAGGUAACUGAACAUGGUGAGAGUCUUGAUGAGACCCCAUGCUAUGUCAAAUGUGGAACUGUGCAGGUCCAGGAGGUGUCCAGAGAGGAAGGUCUACCAUACUAUCCCCAGGGUGUUGAAACACAAGAGUAUUUAGUUUCUUCUCCGGAAGACAACAUGUCUGAAUCAGAGGAAGGUGGUGCAUUUAUGUCUUACGGACAUUAUGGAGUGGUGGACGACCUUUCAGAUGAGAGGUACUACCAGGAUGAAAGUCUUCUAACAAACAGAAGGUACUCUGAUGAAAGGGACAGUUACAGAGAAUCACCUGACUCUGUAAAAGGAGAACGUUUUCCAGAGUGUAUUAUUGAAGAGGAGGUACACGUUUCUCCCACAAUGCAAGAGUGCAUGCUGGAGAUCCUUAAAGAAGAGUCAUUGGGCCCCAGAGAGCAGCUUACGGGAGCACUGGAGCAAUUAGAAGGCACUGUGUCAGGAGCUCUAAAGGAAGAGUUAGCUCUUUUGACCAAAGCUAGUGAGGAUUCUGAUAACCUCUCUUUUAACAUCAAGAAAGUAGAACAAGCUCAAGACAACGGAACACUGACUUAUGUGGCAGAGGUCAGUGUCUCUCAAAGCUUGGAGGACUCUGGACUGUUUCAAGAUGAGACAGAUUAUCCGACCCAGGAGCAGAUGAUGGCAGCGCUGAAGUCCUCCAGCUUGGGCGAUUACCAGGCCAUCAGUGCUGGAGCUGGUGGUGGCUAUACCAUCCGAGCAUCCAAAGAGGAAGUCCAAACAGAGGAAAUGCCAGGAAUUACCAGCCUUGAGGAAACUGAAGACUUAAGCUCAGCUAGUGAAGUCACCAGGACAGAGAAAGUUAUCAGACUGGGACCUAAUGAGAGAUCCUUCACAUUUCAAAUGGACGUUAAUAACAGCCUAUCAGGGUCAGACAAAGAAGGGAUGGAUUUUCAGGGUCAGAGGGGUAAUGAAGCCAGUGUGCAGGAGUUUGUACAGACCCAGGUGGUUGACCCGUCUUUAAAAAUCUACACUGAGAAAAGAAUUGCUACAGUUUACCUUGAAAAGCCUGAGAAAGAUUAACUGAAAUCAAAGUAACCCAUAUAUUACGUUGUCAGCAUUUAUAACUUGCAUUGAUAAAUGCUUUAAUUAUAUAACAAAACUGAACAUAAUGAACAAAUAGAUUAUUAGACAUUACUACAUUAUAUUGCCAAAAGUAUUCACUCGUCUGCCUUCACACGCAUAUGAACUUGAGUGACAUCCCAUUCUUAAUCCAUAGGGUUUAAUAUGAUGUCGUCCCACCCUUUGCAGUUAUAACAGCUUCAACUCUUCUGGGAAGGCUUUCCACAAGGUUUAGGAGUGUGUUUAUGGGGCCAGUCAAGUUCUUCCACACCAAACUCACUCAUCCAUGUCUUUAUGGACCUUGCUUUGUGCACUGGUGCGCAGUCAUGUUGGAACAGGAAGGGGCCAUUUCCAAACUGUUCCCACAAAGUUGGGAGCAUGAAAUUGUCCAAAAUCUCUUGUUAUGCUGAAGCAUUAAGAGUUCCUUUCACUGGAACUAAGGGGCCGAGCCCAACUCCUGAAAAACAACCCCACACCGUAAUCCCCCCUCCACCAAACUUUACACUUGGCACAAUGCAGUCAGACAAGUACCGUUCUCCUGGCAACCGCCAAACCCAGACUCGUCCAUCGGAUUGCCAGACGGAGAAACGUGAAUCGUCACUCCAGAGAACACGUCUCCAUGCUUUACACCACUGUAUUGAACGCUUUGCAUUGCGCUUGGUGAUAUAAGACUUGGAUGCAGCUGCUCGGCCAUGGAAACCCAUUCCAUGAAGUUCUCUACACUCUGUUCUUGAGCUGAUCUGAAGGCCACAUGAAGUUUGGAGAUCUGUAGCGAUCGACUCUGCAGAAAGUUGGCGACCUCUGCGCACUAUGCGCCUCAGCAUCCGCUGACCCCGCUCUGUCAUUUUACGUGGCCUACCGCAGAAUCGCUUCCACUGACAGUUGACUGUGGAAUAUUUAGUAGUGAGGAAAUUUCACGACUGGACUUGUUGCACAGGUGGCAUCUUAUCUCAGUUGGAAUGCUGGAAUUCACUGAGCUCCUGAGAGCGACCCAUUCUUUCACCAAUGUUUGUAGAAGCAGUCUGUAUGCCUAGGUGCUUGGUUUUAUACACCUGUGACCAUGGAAGUGAUUGGAACACCUGAAUUCAAUGAUUUGGAUGGAUGAGUGAAUACUUUUGGCAACAUAGUGUAUCUAUUGUAACAGCGCAAAUAUAUU